AACAUAUUGCUAAUUGCAUUUAUUUGGACAUAGUAAAGACUUAAAAUCGAGAAAUAUCAACAUGCGGUUUCUACACGUUUUCUACCAACUAGCUUUUAUGCUCACAAUAUUAAUUGAACUAUCGACUGCACUGCGGGAUGUGCGAGUGCGAGUGCCGCAUGCAGUGAGGCGUGGCGAGAAGGCGGUGCUGAAGUGCUUCUACGACAUCGAGGAUGACAGCCUGUACUCGGUCAAGUGGUAUAAGGGACGCAGAGAGUUCUACAGAUACACGCCCAAAGAGACGCCACCGAUGAAGGUCUUUCAUUUUCCAGGUGUUAAAGUGCGGCGCACUUCGUCGAACGAAAGCCAAGUGGUGCUCGAUGCGGUAACAAUGUCCACAUCCGGUAAAUACAGUUGCGAAGUAUCUGCGGAUGCGCCCUCAUUUCAUACAUUAAUAGCGGCCGCCGAAUUGGAAGUUAUUGAGACGCCGCACAAUGCGCCAUUCAUAACCGGAAUCCGGCCCCGAUAUCGGGUCGGCGACAUAUUGCGUGGCAAUUGCACAUCGCGACACUCCCGGCCGGCGGCCAAUCUCACAUGGACGGUGAAUAAUGAAGAGGUGAGUCCCAAAUUAUGCAAAAACGCAAUUUUCUU